UUUACUGACACCGCUACAACGUGUUUUUAUCGCUGGCUGUCCAGACGGAAGGUGCUGAAACGCUUUGUCGCGUGUCUGGAAGAAGUGAAAACUUUCCUGGGCAGCAAAGGGCUCACCUUUCCUGAGCUGGAACAGCCAGAGUGGCUGGAAAAGCUACACUUCAUGGUAGACAUGACAGCGCACCUGAACACGCUGAACACAGCUCUUCAGGGGAAAGGACGUACAGCCCUGCACAUGUUGGAGGAUGUUUUGGCAUUCGAGCGCAAGUUGACAGUGCUUGCCAGAGAUUUACAGAAAGGCACUUUGUCUCACUUCCCCAAUUUGAGAGAGUUCAAACAAGGUCACGACAUGAUAAUUUCGGAGUAUUUACAUUCUGCAAUCAUCGCAAUGCAAACAUCGUUUGGGAAACGCUUCUGUGAGUUCAGAGAGGAAAAAAACACAUUAUCCUUCCCGGUCACUCCCUUAAGCAUCGAUCCUUCCCUACUGAAUACGACUGCAUUGGCAGGUGUGAGUCAACCUGAUCUUGAGAUGGAACUGGCCGACAUAGCCGACAAAGACAUAUGGGUGUCCAAGUUUAGACGCUUGACAGCAGACCUUGAAGAUGUUGCCCGUCAGAAGGCCGUUCUUGCUCAGAAACACAAAUGGAGUGAUAUUGAAAACCUCACAGAUGACAGCUUGCGAUCCUGUGUAAAGAUGAAGGUGACAUCAUACAGCCCUGAUGUGCAGACGCUGUGCGCUGAGGUCCAGGAGCAGAAAUCCCAUUAACCAAGAUGACAGCUGGCUGACGUUAUUUUUGGUUUGCUGCUGGCGGAAAAUUUAAGUUCGGCGUUUUUCAUAAAUACAAGAAGGACUCAAAUAGACAUUGAAUAUUUUACUUAAAAGUAACUUUCAACCCAACGUCUUUUUUUCGGAGUUCAAAAUGUUUUUGUUGCAUGCAGAAAUGUAAUUUCGUUUUCUCUGCAGGAGUUCAUCAAUUUCAUAAAUGCAACACAUUAUAGUUUGUUUAUACAUAGCAUAAAGGCAAAAAAAACGUUGUAUGCAGUGUUAUUUCAUUUUAAAUGUCAAACGGGUUUUGCGGCUCCCAGUGUUUUCUUUUCUGUGGGAAACGGGUCCAAGUGGCUCUUUCAGUGGUAAAGGUUGCUGACCCCUGAUCUAGGGGCUGCUUUAACUAUCACGUGGCUCACAAAAAGGCAAGAAAAUGCUGAGAAGCGUCAUCAUUUGCACAUAGAAUUAUACUCAUUUCUCAUCAUAUAUGCUAGGAAGUCUCAAAUUUGCUGAUUAUCUCUGCCAGCAACAUUUCCUAUAUUCUAAUUGAUCUUUAAUAUGCUCUCAAUGUUUGUUAAGUCAGAGACUUCCAGAAGUCUUGGAAAGUUUGCA